CAGCACUGCCUCAGUCGUGAGUCAGUCAAGCAGAGUGAGAACGGACGAUGCGAAAAUGAGGAGCUGCCUGCUGUGCCUGUUCCUGCUGGCCUCGGCGGCGUUCGGCCGGCCGCACCUUGACACGCACCACAAUGCCAGUGCCCACAUCUACAGCGGCCACCACGAGCCGCUGAUCGUACACACAACCACCGGCCGCGUCCGCGGCUUCCUGCGCACCGUCGGCGACAAGGAGAUCCGCGUCUUCUACGGCAUCCCGUUCGCGCGGCCGCCUCUCGGCGAGCUGCGCUUCCGGCGGCCGCAGCGCGUCGACCCCUGGCCGCACAUCCUCAACGCUGACGAGCUGCCCAACUCGUGCUACCAGGAGCGAUACGAGUAUUUCCCUGGAUUCGAAGGCGAAGAAAUGUGGAACCCAAACACAAACAUCUCGGAAGACUGUCUGUACCUGAACGUGUGGGCGCCGGCAAGGCGACGCCACAACCGCGAGCUGGCGCCGCUGCUGGUUUGGGUGUACGGCGGCGGCUACAUGAGCGGCACCGCUACGCUCGCCGUCUACGAGGCGUCCACGCUCACGGCCGAGGAAGACGUCGUCGUCGUUGCCAUGCAGUACAGGGUCGGUGCUUUCGGAUUCCUCUACAUGCCAGAUGGCUCGGAGGACAGCGACAGUGAAAACAGUUCUGGCGGUAACAUGGGUCUUUACGAUCAAGUCUUGGCACUUCAGUGGUUACGAGAAAACGCAGCCGUUUUUGGAGCCGACGCGGAGACUCUAACGUUAUUCGGCGAAAGCGCAGGCGGCGGUGCCGUCAGCGCCCAUCUUUUAUCCCCGGUGAGCAAAGGUCUGGUGCGUCGUGGAAUUCUGCAGAGCGGCACCAUCAACGCACCCUGGAGCUGGAUGACUGCGGAGAGAGCGCGGGAAAUCGGACGGAGCUUGGCCGACGACUGCGGCUGUAACGCGACCUCGCGGCUGGGACGCGAGGGCGGACAGACCGAGGUGCUAAACUGUCUGCGCAACGUCGACCCCAAGACCAUCAGCGUCCAGCAGUGGAACACGUACGGCGGCAUUCUGGGCUUCCCAUCCACCAUCACGGUGGACGGCGAGUUCAUCACGGACGACCCCAUGGAGCUUCUCAAACAAGGCGCACUCAAGGAAACCGAGAUCAUGAUCGGCAGCAACAGGGACGAGGGCACGUACUUUGUGCUCUACGACUUCAUCGACCAGUUUGACAAGGACUCGGCGAGUUUUCUGCCGCGGGAUAAGUUCGUCCACCUGAUCAACACCAUCUUCAAGGACCGGCCGCAAAUCGAGCGCGACGCUAUUCUGUUCCAGUACACUGCCUGGGAGCACAUGAACGACGGCUACUUAAAUCAGAAGAUGAUCGGUGACAUGGUGGGCGAUUACUUCUUCAUCUGCCCUUCGAAUCACUUCGCAAACACGAUGGCCGAGUCCGGCGUGCCCGUCUAUUACUACUACUUCGCCCAGCGAAGCUCAACAUCGCUGUGGGGCGAUUGGAUGGGCGUGAUGCACGGCGACGAAAUCGACUACGUUUUUGGGCGCCCCCUCGACCCCGCCAGGGGAUUCACCGACCACGAGCAGCGCCUCAGCAAAAGCAUCAUGGGAUAUUACAGGCACUUCGCCGCGACAGGGAGACCUACUCCUGAUUCUGAAAUCUGGCCGCCGUACUCUAAAAACACUCCGCAAUUUUACACCUGGAGUACCGAGAGUCUGGGUCGCGUUGGCGUCGGCCCGAGGGCAACAGCUUGCGCAUUCUGGAACACCUUCAUGCCCCAGAUUACGGAGGCGCAUGCUAAGAAAGAGGACUGUGUGAAAGAAAUCGUUCCGAGCGCGUCAGCUUCGUCGGUGCCUAAGCUGACCGCGUUGAUCCGCUCGGUGCUCCUAUUCGUCGCGUUGGCGUUGUACGGCGUGUAAACGCGCACAGGCAGCCUCUCCGUACACACACACACAUAUCAUUGUCACACAUAUCAGUCAACUGACGAUCUAAUUCCUGUGAGAAAAUGCAAUUUAUUAUACAUAUCACACACAAAAAUACAGAAACCCACACAUAUCACAUUUUAACGGCCGCUAUGAUUGCGCAAAUCGUUGAAAAAGAAGAAGAAAAUAACAGAAAUCUCGUGAUACACCGCACGUGUCCGUGUGAAAAUUCACUCCAGUAGACGCUGCAGCUGCUUAAAUUGAAUUCCAACCUCUCACCAAAAAAAACUCGUUUUUUAGCUGGAGAGAGGGCCAGUGGAGAGGCGCUUGAAAUAUGCAAGUGGCGACGUUUAUUUUGCGAAACAGACGGAUCAAUUUUGAAGCCUCCACAAACACUUUUAUAGCGGUUUUUACGUCUUUUGGAUAAAAUUUUAGUCCUGCAUUUUUAAUCGAGAGAUUUGCGUUGCGUAUACACAAAUCGCUGCAAAUUGUGCGCCUCUCUUUUAUGAAACUCUCUAAAGUGUUAGCUCGGUACAGGGAGCACCACUCCACUAGAAUAAUGCUCAAUAUAUUACCCGCGGACAAUAAUCCCGCGUCCUCUCACUUUUCUACUCAUGCGUAGACGCUUUCUCCUCGUGCGCGUGCGCACUUUUCACACCAAUCGGCGCGGCGGAUGACGUCACGGAGGCCACUCUUGAUUGGCCACUAUCAGCCUUCAAACGGAUUUUCAAGUGAGAUUCUAUAAAUGAUGACUUUUAUUAUGAUAAAGUUAAGGUAUUCGCAGGGAAGGGUUUGUGUAAAAUAUACACUCACACAUACAUUUGGCUUGACAGUUUUGAAAUUUUGUCACAACGAUUUGACAAACGUUUAUAAUAUUUUGAUACUAAAUAUCGAUUGGCCAGAGGACAGAAUCUUAAUUUUCAUCUGACAUAAUAUGAAAUACAUUGCUGUGUAUCACUCACUAGGUGAACUAUAUAAUUCUUUGCAUUGAAUGAGCGUUAACACUAUGCUUAUACUUUCUCAUCAUUGUUUCCAUCGAUUAUUAAUGAGGUGUUUUCAAACAAACCCCGAUAUAUCCUAGUGGGAAGUUCUAUGUUAAAAAUCUUUGUUGUUAUACUUGAUGAAAAGUAAAUACACACACACACACACGCAUUUGUAAAAAAUGGUUGUUUCUCCGUCUGCUCUCGAUCCGCUUUUUUCGUGCCGUGUUUGGUGUUUGGCACUUAAUACUAUUACGGAUGAUUUAUUAAUUAGAGAGAUGAAAGCGAGAGUAAGCUACGUGGCAGCUUUUCGUUGGCAACUUUGUGGUAGAUAGAACAAACAACACACGCGCUUAAUAGGAAGUACACUCACACAAAAGCAUAUAUUAAUCUUUAAGGAUAAAGUACACUGUAAUUUAAUACAUGCAUAUCACAUACACACGCAUAGUAAUUAUAAGCAUGGAUAUAUAUACACACUCACACACACACAAAUACACUCACUACACUCACACACACACUACGUUAAGAUAAAAAUAUUUACACACGCUGAUGUUAAUUGGUGUUUUACGUCGUGUAAUAUGCUGCUAAAAACUGUGCCUUCGAUUUUGCGAAACUCGUUUCGAGCCCCGCGUUGUUCGGCUUAGCGCUGGCGCAGCCCCUGUUAGACGAUGCGGUGCGGCGAGUGGACUUUUGGCGCAAAGAAUCCCAUAAUAUUGUUCCAGCAGACGAGCUGCGUUGUGUGGGGGAAUGCGCGCGUUAAAUAUCUCAUACAAGUGACCGGUCGGCUUUCCGAAACACCUCCACUUUCGCGACCUUUUCGACUCUCACCAACAGACAAAAGAUCCCUUUAACACUAUUCGCACGCACUCGAAAACAAUUGAUUCCGUUGAAUUCUAUGAGCUUACAACCUGUGCAUUAUAUACAUCACUUUAUUGAAAAUGGCGGUGUUGGUUGAAAGCAGGAAUGCUUUUGCGCAAAAUUGGAAUUAAAUUUUUGACUCUGCUUUAAUUGAUUCUUAUUAAGGGCUAACCACUUGGUUGACAAUUCAAAACGACGAGCAAAAAAUCGGCAGAAACAUUAAAACCGUUACUUCAACCGGUGUUUGAUCUAAUCUAGCAAAAAUAACGUCAACGACCAAUCUGAGACAGCCAGAUCGAGACUGCAGCGCCACAGCGACAGCCAGCAGAAGCAAGUCAAGCGACAGGUCUAGCUCCUGGAUGACCUGCUUUGCUGUCUUUGUGGUGCUGCCGUCGCUAUAUCAAUGAACCAUUCUCUGAUUGGUCGUCGUCGUUCUUGUGGGACUUUUUGGCCAAAAACCACUACAAUGUAACGGUUUUAGCUUUCUCUCUGAAUUUCGACACGUCGUAUUGAACGUGUAAUUCGUCCCUCAGGAAUCGAUUUUGGCACUGUCAAAAAUGAAAUUCCUGCUCUUCUUCAAAAUCUAUAACUUCUUUCCUUCCCAACCUUUUUUACUUUAGCUCCGCCUGCUGGUCCACUCGGCCGUCAAAGCUCCUGAUCUGUGCACACACACACACACACACUGUAGUCAAUUGCGAAUAAUGUAUGUUCCACCCGCGCGCGUUUUCCAUUUUUUCCGUUAUUGAACUGCUGUAUUGACACAUAAAAGUCGGUCGACCCUAAAUUCGGCAAAACAUAUAGCUCUGAUUUUCGAGACGCGCGCACCGCCGUGCCUCACGCAACAAGUAGCAAUGCUGAGACGAGUUGCUCGUCGCGCCUGACUCGAUUUUCGACAGUGUAAUCUCAUUACGAAAGCCAUAUCUACAUUUUCGUAGUGAGCAACCUGUUCGACGGGCGAGCCGAGCCGGUUGCAUAACCUACUUUUCUCCAUAAUUUCCUCUUCGCUAAGUGCAUGGCACGGCUCGAGGCUUUCUAGACUCGCGCGACAGUUCCUUCCCUCCAGAAUAUUCUCAAAUCUUAACCUCUUUUCCAAGCGUUAGCGGCAGUUUUUUCAAAUUCUCGUCUGGAGUCGCUCACGGCAUGAUAUUGAUUUCUUAAAGUAGUGUUCCCACAUACAUCUCUUCUUGUGGGUGUAGGAAACAAUUCCUGGCCUGCUCGUCUGAACUUUGAACUUUGUGAAGGCUGUAGAGCACUCUCCCUCUCUCUUUCUCUGUCCAAACAUUCGGAACCAAAAAGUCGAUGAAGCCUUGAAAUGCCAAUGCACGCGGUGUCUCUCUCUCUCUCUCCCCCCGCAAUCUUUCCUUUGCAUCUCGCGCUCGUCUGAGAUUUUCUUUCGCUUUAAAUGCAAAUGAAAUCACCAGGGUCAGUUGGGCGUCGCAAUCGCCCUUAGGGGUGCUUUCAAAGAGGACUUUGCCAGGCUCGUGAUUUUCUCUUUGCUCAACCAGAGUGGUGAUUCUCUGUGAUUCAGUGACGCUUUUUUAAUAGUCCAAGGUGAUUUCUAAUUUCCUAAUGACCCGCGCCGCGGUCAGCAUUGCUCUAGAGGCACUGCGAGGCGGCGGACUAUGUAAUCCUCUUUUCAGGUAAUCCGCCCGCUUUUCGUCGCAGCAGCCGCUUUUAAUAUUUUAGUUGAAACAGUCUCCGCAAAUUACAAACAGCCGGACAAAAUAGAUGCUCGCAAAGGGACAAAAUGCUGAAAUCGGGCGGUGCACGCGUUGUGUUCUUUUUGUUUAAACAUAUUCCCGAAUCAAGCUUCAGUUCAUUGAUCAGGCCUAGCAGGCAUUGUUGAUGUUGUUUAGGUCUCAACACUCAGGGUAGCUGAUACAUUAUAAUUCUUAGACUGAAAAUUCGAGUUCGGCCUAUAGUCAGAAAACACUCGUACACAUACAGACAGUAAGAAGGAAAUAAUCAACACUCACACACGUAAAUAUCAUGCGAGAAGAACUAUAAAGCGUAACUGGACAAAAAAUAUCCACACACAAUCUGCAGCCUAAUCGUAUAAAAAUAAAUAUAUUCGCGUGUCUGUCACACUAUAACCGAUAGGUAAUGCUCACUAAACUUGUGUACUCAUUGUUAGGCUCUACUCAUAAAUGGGUGUCCAUCCACGACUAGCUAAAUGUGAUGCAGGUACACGCACACUUCCCUAUAAUAUUAAACAAGGGCAGUUUCAUUCUGUUUGAUGUCCGUUUCGGAAAUCGCCGUAUGUUAUCGCGCAGCCUUUUUACUAAAUGCCGCUUUCGUGGGUUAAUCAUGAGUUUGGACGUAAAAAAACACACUCAAUAAGUGAUUUGGUAUACAUUCUAUUUUUGCUUUCCUUUCAAUGAAACUGCUUCCGAGUAAAAGUAAAGCUGUCAUACAAUACUCGUGGUGUAACAAUCAGCAAUUAAUUAAUCUCACUCAGCACAAAGUCAGUGUCUAAUUCAAAAGAAUCAUAUAACUCGUGUCAGGUAAGAGCAGCUAUAAUUUCAUAGCAGAGGUGUCAAUGACAAUGAAGUGAUAAAAACUUUGAAUAUUAUUACAUAAAAAUAAAUAUGUAUAUAUGCAUAUUACGAGAGAUUGAUCAGCAGAAGAACAACCUUUGUGUGUAAAUACGAGAAGAGAAUUUUAUCCUUUUUAAAGAAAAGAAAAAUACUAAUCAUUCUCUCUUUCUCCUAUCAGUGGCCGAGAGGCUUUCCUCCCCCACGAGCCACAGAAAUUUGCAUAGCUCCGGUAUCGGCGGGAAUCCGAAAUAAAUUAAAAGUUGUGCAAGUGGGCGAUCGCCUCGGCUCUGGUUGCGAGAGACGCGUUUCCCGAGAGAGUCUUGCUCAAGUGUUUUAGCCUCCUUUGAAUGUCAUUUGCUUUUGGCCCUGUUCCAGUCAAUUUGCAUUUCCAGUCCCUCAACAAGUGCCGUUGAAACUUGCAUGAAGCACACCACAGUCAAAAAAGAUAUGUAUUUAUAUUUAUUGUCAUUGCGUGCCGAGUUGGCUCAGUUAUAGUUUCUCCAUUUCCUGAUUGAAUUACAUUUUGCGUUUUUUUUUAUCAUUAUUUUAAUCAAAAUUUACGAAGAAGUGCAUUACGGUUAUUGUGCAAGUUUCCCUCACUUGUUAUAAAAUUUUAUAAGAAAUCGAAAUAAAUGUGAGUUAAAAUUGAACGUAUUGGAAGAAAUGUGGAGCACACGCUGUGACCUGCUGAUUGGUGCAAUAUAUUAUGCGUUACGUUUAAAGCUGAUUAACUUGGAACUGAAAUAUUCAUAUCAAUUGGAAUUUGAGUAAUUAAAGCGCGCGUCAAUAUUUUGUACAACCCCCAACAUACGGUCAUGAUAUGUAUUUUUGUAAACAUUAAAGAGAAAUGAGGAACAAGUGUUUAACUCGGAACUAGCUGUGUUUUGGCUGGUUUUUUGGUCUUUGGUUUCGGUGGGAUCGAAAAAGAAGCACAACUGAGGUUUAGGUGUCGUUUCGGUGUUUGUAGCUGUAAUAAUAAGUACUAUCACACACACACUCACACGCAAGAUCGAUUAAUUAGCUCCAUGUGCUGCACAAACACUAGGCGCAAAGCCAAAUUGAUCAGUAAUUUGAGCAUGCAAGCAGACACUCUGAAAUAUAGCCGACGAUAGUUGAAACAGCAAAAAACCGGAUUGCUUUUCGUUGCGCAGAGAGUAAAACAAACGCAGUUGUGUACACUUGGGUUCUGAUUUGAAUGAAACCGUAGCGCUUUUGAUAUGGACUAGGCAUUAAUAAAUUGCUCUUGAGUAGGAACAACUCACUUUCCUUGUGCUGUGUAUUCCAUCAUUACCUGUGUACUUAACAGAAAUUAAUACAUAUCAUAUUAAUUACUAAAUUGAUUAUUACUGAAUGAUAUAUACACUUAAAUAUGAAUAUAUAUUUAUGUAGCCAUUUGUAUAUCAUGUAUGCUAACCGUAUUUAGCGACAAAUAAAGGAAAAGAAUCCAAGUAAAACAACA